AUGUACAACCCUCGCUGCGGCUGGGUCGAGGCCGCCAACUCCCUCGAAGCCGUUCGUCAGCAUGUCAUCAAUGCUGGUGCAAGACUUGUCGUCGGUGAGGUCAGGACCUUGCUGUUCGACACCAGUGGCGACUGCACCGGCGUCAGGCUGGUCAACGGCGACGAGCUGAACGGCACCAUCGUGCUCUGCACGGGUGCUCGUACCGCUGCAUUGCUCGCCGAGAGCGCCCCUGAUCGUAAAGGCAUCCACGCCGCUCACAGGCUGGUUACUACGGGCGCCGUCAGCUUUACCUUGAAGGCUGAGGGAGAACAGAAAGAGAGGUUCAGAGGCAUCCCCGUGCUCAAGAACCGCCUGCCCUCGGUCAAAGGGGAGUCCAUGUCAAUGACCCCAGACGGUACACUAAAGUUCAACUGUGACAUGGCGUUCAUCAACAACCAGUUCCAUGCUCCUACGGGCACCACCAUGUCCCUGGCUCCCACGGACCGUCACCUUACUGAGUGGACCACCAAGGAGCAUAUUCCUCCUCAUCUGAAGAAUAGGGCUUACGAAACCCUUAGAGGUCUGUACGGAGAUGAGAUGAAGGGCAGGACCAUCGAAAAAUACCGAGUCUGCUGGGACACAACGACGCCUAGGCACGAUUUUCUCAUCACCCCUCACUCCCAAUGCAGAAACCUCUUCAUCGCGACCGGCGGCUCCUUUCACGGCUGGAAAUUCUUUCCCGUCAUUGGUAAAUACGUUGUCCAGAUGCUGCACGGUGAGCUGAAGCCCGAGUAUGCCGAGAUUUGGGGUUGGGACCGCAAGGCUGGCGGCCAGGUGGCGAACUCGACAUACAGCAUCGAGGGUGAUCUUGGUGAAUGGAUCAGGGAAGAUGAGAAGCAGUAG